AUGGCAUCAAUGGACGGAGCCUUCUUGUUACAGAUCAAACCGCUUCGAGUACCAGUUUGGUAUGCUGGAAAACUUGAAAGCCUACAGUGGGAAAAGAACGAACUGGUUUCGAAAGUAGCCUCUCAUAUUUUUCUCGUGGACACGUUAUCAAAAAAGAUUAAUGUUAAAAAUAUCAAAGAACUUAACGAUCCCGGUGGUAAUACCUACAACCGCUGGGGAAGGACGUCGUGCCCAAAUGAUUCAAGCACUGAUAUCGUCUAUAAGGGGUUUGCUGGCGGAGGACCACAUAAGCAACCUGGUUCCGGUACCAACUACCUGUGUCCACCUAAAGAUCCACAGUGGGGUGAUAGGUCUGUUAUCGAGCAACUCGCUACCACUGUUGACCGUUUGAGGAGAAUUAAAACACACGGUGGAACCACCUACAUCCGCUGGGGGAGGACUACGUGCCCGGAUGUUCAUGGCUCAGACCUUGUUUACAAUGGGUUUGUUGGUGGUUCGCCGCAUCAAUAUUCUGGCGGUGGUGCCAACUACAUUUGUCUACCUACGGAUCCGCAGUGGGGUCCAGAUACGUCGCCAAAGUACAAGGGAUAUGUGUAUGGCGCUGAGUAUCAGUCCCAUGGAACAUUUUGGGACGAUAAGAAAAACCACGAUGUUCCUUGCGCAGUUUGCAGAACGCCAAAAACCAAUGUUCUUAUGAUCCCCGCCAGACAAGAUUGCUACGACGGAUGGAAUAGGGAAUACCAUGGCUACUUAAUGGCAGAACGAGAUAGUCACGCGUCAAACAAAGAGUUUAUUUGUGUGGAUGACGAUCCGGAAGUCAACGUAGGUACACAUGCGGAUCUUGACGGAGCUUUGCUACAUUUUCAAGAAACAGUGUGCGGAAGCCUACCAUGCAAGCCAUACAUUGCAGGCAGAGAACUCACAUGUGUUGUCUGCACCUUUGGUCCAUAAAACAUUCAGU